AGAAGGUGAGCUUUACUGCAACUAUGGAGGAGGGACAGGACAUGUCUAUGGGAGCCAUGCAGCCGCAGACAAGAUGUUUGAGAUGUGGCGACAUGCUGGAGUGGUCAGAGGAGCACAGUGCCCUGCUGGGUUGCUCCUGCUGCUCCACUGUGGAUGAGACCCUGGAGAAUGUAGCCCGAGGUCUGACAGGCAGGAUGAAGAGAGGGAACAGUCACUGGGCAGCUGGACGAGUGGGCGACAUCGACUUUGUUGGCCCGACAAAGACACGAGGAAAGUUUGUGAGGGUCCACAGCAGCACGGAUCCAGUGCAGAUCUUCCAAAUGCUAACAGAAGACUGGGGUCUGGCCGCCCCUCAUCUGGUGGUGGCCUUGGUGGGUGGAGAUGAGCUGGCCCAGAUGAAGCCCUGGCUCAGAGACACCCUGAGGAAAGGUCUGGUGAAGGCUACACAGAGCACAGGUGCAUGGAUCUUGACAAAUGGCUUCCGCUUUGGCAUCACCAAGCACUUGGGCCAAGCAGUUCGUGACCAUUCUUUGGCAAGCACCUCUUCAAAAGUCCGUGUUGUGGCCAUUGGCGUCGCUCCCUGGAAUAUGAUCCACAACAAGGAGGCGCUUCUUGCGGCCAAGGUGGAUGCGCCAGCUGUCUAUAAGCCCCAGGAUCUGCCUCAUGGGUCAGUGUAUUCUCUGGACAGCCACCACUCUCACUUCGUGCUGGUCGAGGAGGACUCCAACAGACCAGGAGCCACCAGUGAAAUCUGGGUGAAGCUGCUCAAACACAUCUCUCUUCAGCGCACUGGUUAUGGAGGAGCUGGAAGUUUUGAGAUUCCUGUCCUGUGUCUGUUGGUCCACGGAGAACCUAAGAUCCUCAAGAGGAUGUUUAAAGGCAUCGGAAACUCCACGCCCUGGUUGAUUUUGGCCGGAUCAGGAGGGGUCGCAGAUAUCCUUGUCACGCUGUUGAACAGAGGCUGCUGGGAUGCUGACUCGGUUCAGGAGCAGCUGCUGGACACCUUUCCCAGCGCACACCACAGUACAGACAUCAGCAACUGGGUCAAGCUUAUUCAAAAGAUACUCAAUCAUGGUCAUCUCCUGACGGUUCACGACCCAGAACAAGAAAGCUCUGAGCUGGACACUGUUAUACUGAAAGCUCUUGUCAAAGCGUGCAAGAGCCAAAGUCAGGAGGCUCAAGACUUCCUCGAUGAACUGAAGCUUGCAGUUGCCUGGAACAGAGUGGACAUUGCUAAGAGUGACAUCUUUAAUGGCGAUGUGGAAUGGAAGGCAUGCGACCUUGAAGAAGUGAUGAUGGAUGCGCUGAUCAAUGACAAACCUGACUUUGUGCACCUCUUUGUGGACAACGGCGUGAACCUGGGUGAGUUCCUCACCUACGGUCGUCUGCAGGAGCUGUACUGGUCAGUGUCCGAGAAGAGCCUGCUGUACAACCUCCUCCAUAAAAAGUAUGAGGAGAAGCAGCUUCUGCUAGGUGCGGCCCGCUCACACGGUCCUCCCGGACACCACCCACCGGAGCAGGGGGACCGGAAACCGAGAUUCACACUGUAUGAAGUUGCAAAAGUGCUGAAAGAUUUUCUCCAUGACUCCUGCAAAGGCUUUUACCAAAAGAUUCCCACCGAGAAGCCAGCAAAGGGUCGUCUGUUCCACCAGCAGAAGAACCUGGUUGAUCCAGAGGAGCGGUGUGAACAUCCCUGGAGAGAUCUGUUCCUCUGGGCGGUCCUGCAAAACCGACAGCAAAUGGCUAACUACUUUUGGGCCAUGGGCCCCGAGGCUGUUGCUGCAGCACUGGCGGGUUGCAAGAUUCUGAAAGAGAUGGCACGUCUUGAAUCAGAGGCAGAGUCAGCACGAAGCAUGAAGGAGGCCAAGUACGAGCAGUUUGCCCUUGACGUCUUUGGCGAGUGCUAUUCCAACAGUGAAGACAGAGCUUAUGCGUUGUUAGUGAGAAGAACACACUGCUGGAGCAAAUCGACCGUCCUCAACCUGGCCACUGAGGCAGACGCCAAAUCGUUCUUUGCACACGACGGAGUCCAGGCGCUCCUGACAAAGAUCUGGUGGGGAGCGAUGAAGAGAGACACGGGGAUAUCCAAACUUGUGGUGUCUUUCUUCUGCCCGCCUCUCAUCUGGACAAACCUCAUUAAAUUCAGUGAUGAGGAGCUGGAUAACCGCAGUGGCAGAGAACAGUUUGUGGAGCUCGACAGUCUGGACACAGAAAAAGCUCUGCUGCUGACGGAUGAUGAUCAUGACGAUAACCCGCUGGAGACUCCGUCCGGAGGUCCGGUGGUCCAGAGCUGCGCCUCUGUAUGGUGGCGAUUCCUACUCCGUCGCUGGCGUCGCUAUUGGAGCGCGCCUGUCACCGUCUUCCUCGGCAACGUGAUCAUGUACUUCGCCUUCCUCUGUCUGUUCACCUACGUGCUGCUGCUGGACUUUCGGAGACCACCCCCAUUUGGCCCUGGGGCCCCAGAAAUCAUGCUCUACUUUUGGGUUUUCACCCUCGUGCUGGAGGAACUCCGCCAGAGCUUUUUCUCUGACGAGGAGAUGAACAUAUUGAAGAAGUUCAAACUCUACGUGGAGGACAACUGGAACAAGAGUGACAUGGUGGCCAUUUCGCUGUUUGUUGUAGGAGUGUCAUGCAGGAUGAUGGAUGGAACGUACGAGGCAGGACGGACGGUGCUGGCCAUUGACUUCAUGGUCUUCACGUUGCGUCUGAUCCACAUAUUUGCCAUUCACAAGCAGCUGGGCCCGAAGAUUAUCAUAGUGGAGAGGAUGAUGAAAGAUGUCUUCUUUUUCCUCUUCUUUCUGAGCGUGUGGUUGAUUGCCUACGGUGUGGCCACUCAGGCGCUGCUGCACCCUAAUGACCCGAGAAUUGACUGGGUGUUCCGCAGAGCACUGUAUCGACCCUACCUGCACAUUUUUGGACAGAUUCCACUGGAGGAAAUAGAUGCUGCUCGAAUGCCUGAGAUGAACUGCACCAACAACUCUGAGGAGAUUAUUUCGGGACUGCGACCGCCUUGCCCAAAUGUGUACGCCAACUGGCUGGUCAUCCUGCUUCUGGUCAUCUUCCUCCUUGUCACAAAUGUUCUCCUCCUCAACCUCCUCAUUGCCAUGUUCAGCUACACCUUCCAGGUGGUGCAGGGGAACACUGACAUAUUUUGGAAGUUCCAAAGAUACAACCUGAUUGUGGAGUAUCACAGCCGCCCCGCUCUUGCUCCACCUUUCAUCAUCAUCAACCACACGUCUCAAGUCCUGCUGAGCCUGGUCAAACAGCCCGAGUCCAAACAGGAGCAUCUCGAGAGAGAAUUACCGGCGGGACUUGACCAGAAGCUGAUCACGUGGGAGACAGUGCAGAAAGAGAACUACUUAGCAAAACUGGAACGACAGCACGGGGAGAGCAGCGAGGAGCGACUGAAGAGCACCUCGUCCAAGGUCCAAAGUUUGUUGAGGAUUGUGGGGGGCUUCAAAGAUCAAGAGAAGCGACUGGUUUCCAUGGAGGCGCAGGUGAGAUACUGUGGAGAAGUGUUGUCCUGGAUGGCUGAGUGCUUCGCUCUGAGUACACUCAAGUGUGAGAGAGAGGUUCCAAGAGCACCGGCAACUUUGACAGGGCACUCAGAGCGAGAAGAGAAAGUGAACCAGGACCAGCAGACAUCUGGCAAAUGAAGCAGGUUAUUGUGCAGAAAUAAACAAUAAAAAAAGAAAAACAAUUAUAACAGAAGAAAAUAUCUUUAUUAAAAUUGUUUCUACACAACAAAAGGCACAGAUGAUUGGUCAACUAAAUAUCUGCUAAAGCAGGGCUACAUUACUGUUGUAUUUUGGAUCAGGUCAAUUCGGUGCUUUGUGGUUCCUCUACUGGACUCACAGUUUUGGAAUACGAAGACUUUCGCAGCAGCAUCAUGCACCACUGACCAAUUCCAUAUGUGACACAUUUUGUCAAGCUCUUUUGAGAAUAUACUCAUAUUGACUUUAGUAACUUGACUACAGUGUUUUUCCAUGAUUAGUUGACAUUUGUACGUGGCAUUAUUGUUAAAUACUUAACUUUUGAAAUGUUUCACUUUUAAAAUUUUGACAUUUAUGGUCACCUUGACGCAAUUCUCAAAACAGUCGUUUACUAAAUGAAAUUGUUGUGAUUAUUUUUGUCCAGUUCCAUCAGAAGUCAUCUUGUGCUGAAAUAGGUUUGUUUCCAGACAGAAUAAAAGCAUCACCCAAAAACACAAGUAACUGUUGUAUUUGUUCUAAAGAGGUUUAUAUUCUGUCGAUAUUUCUACCCUGUUUAUCAGGGUCAAGGCAUCCAAGCAUGUAUACAGAAAAACCAUAAUGAUCAAAAUUGCU